AUUAUAAAUACUCUGCAGCAUUCAGUGAGCUGGACAGAAGGCUGUAAGGUCCACGUCUAAACCCUGGCUGAAAACACUCCAGAAAUCAAGAGACCAAGAAGGCAAUGGAUUCACAAAUUAUAAACACCACUAAAAGCUUCACCACAGCUGAGGAAAUGAGAAACCAAACCAAGCUUGUGAUGCAGCCUUAUGCUAACUGGGAGCAGUACCUAACUCCUGCACCACUCUCCAUAGCCAUCCUGGGAGAGCUGGUCUAUAUUUCUUCUGCAACUGAUUUUUCCAUCAACAAAAACCCACCCAAAGACGGCUACAAGCACAUCAGAUACCCAGAUUCAUUUCGUGCCUGUCUCAUGCAAGUGUGUAACUCUGGCUUUUGGGCUUUCAAUGAGGCCCACAAGAACAUGGACCAAAUCCGGCUCCACACCAUGGCUGUUCCAGACUACAUGAAGACUGCAGUGAAGAUUCUCUUCCAAGACAAUGAUGAGAUUGUAAAAGCUCAUCUUCCCGACCAGCUGGACAACAUUCAUAUCAUAGCAAAAGACUGUUUAGAACUGGCAAAGAAAACUGAAGAGCAGUUCACUGAUGUCAUCAAAAUAAUCCAAGAGCUGCUGGAAGCCUGUGUAAAUGCUAAGCAUGUUUAUGGAGAGGAGCUGGAUAAAAUCAAGAUGAAACUGGAGGAAACCAAAAUGAAAGAACAAGCAGCACAACAAGCCAAGCAAUGUAUGCAGAAGGCAGUGAGGGCUAUGGAGAAGGAUCUGAAGGAGGCACAAGAGAACUACUCCAAAGCAAUGGAUUCUCUACCAAGUGGAUGGGAAAUGAUUGCUAUGAACUUUGUUGAAGGUAUUACUGAGGGAGUCACCACAAUGCUGAAUGGGAUGGCAACUGUUGCAAUCAAAAAAUAUGAAAAACGUAUUGAAAACCAAACAAUAGACAGCGGUGCAGAUAUAGUUGAUGUAAUACAGAUCUACAGCAAGUCUGCAGAAAUCCUGAAAUGUGCAGAAAAUAUUCUGCAGUAUGUGCACCAGAACCAGAUUGACUGGAAUAAAUUGUAUGAUCAGAAGAACAAAGCUACACAAACAAAUUUUGAGGAAAAGCAGUUUCAAAGAAUCAUUGGGAAUUUAGAACCCUUCCCAGUGUGCGACCCAAAAAAUCUUGCCCUAGACUUGUGUGAAGAGGGACUUAACAUCUGCAAAGAACUGGCAACAUAUGCACCAACCCAAGGGGAAUGUAAGAAAGACAAAACAGCGGAGCUAAUCAAGAAAAUCAGGAAACUAACUGACUCAGCCCGCAGUUUUGACUGCAAGAGCAAAAAUAUCACAAAUUCUCCUUCCCUGACUCAAACACCACCUAUGAUGGCAAAUGCAGAAAACCAAUCUCAGAAGCAAAGGGCUUCAGACAAGGCAAUGGAGAAUGGCAGGUUCCGCAUAGAGCAGAGCCGAGCUCAACUGGACAACACCAGAAAGAUGCAUGAGAAGACUGUGGAGAACUUGGAGAAUACCGAAAAGGAACUGAAUGAAAUCCUGAUCACCAUAAGGAACUGUAAAGUCAAAGAGCUAGACUUUAACACCACCAUAAAAAUGCUGAUCAAGGGGAUGGAUGCCAUGGGGAGAGUGAAAGAGCAGUGGGAGAAGAUGGUGCGCUUCUUUCAGAUGGUGUCUAACAUGGUGAGCACAAAGUUAAGCAAACCUCUUACUGAUUUUGCCUCCACAAUGGAAAAGACUCAGUCACUUUCCUACAACUCAAAGCUCUUCUCUAAAGACCUGCUGUACAAACAAGCAUUUCAAGCCACUAACAUCGCCAACCUCGUUCACAUGAUCUCAGCAACCUACACUGAAGUGUCAGAUAAGUAUCUCAUUGAUCGUGUCAGUUCACUGGGGAAACUUAUGGUCAUGGACCAGACAAAACCAGAGUUUAAUCAUGAGCAUCUGCAGUUACGUAACUCCUGUGAUGAAGCUCAGAAAGGCAUUUUACGUCUUGUCCUUCAGAACAAGGCUGAGUUUGAAAGGAAGACUAAUUCAAGACUGGAGAAGAUUGACAAAGAGUUGUUGGCCAUUCUUCCCUCUGCAGCUCCAGAGGAGGUGAAGAGCAUCCAAGCAGCUGUCAAAAUGGGUUUUAGUGAGAAAUCGGUAGACGAUUACUGUUGAGGGAAUUCACUCAUUCGUUUAGGACUUUUAUCAGUGAAACAGCAAAGUAGUGAAAUGCCCUGUACAUUUUUUGAUUUUCCCACCAAAACAUACCUUAUUAGCAGAUUAGUGGGUUCAAGUGUGUUGCGAGCAGGGCAAAAACUAAAAUGCACAGGGCAGGGGGUCCUCCAGGACCAGGGAAACAUAGUCCUAAACCACAAUUAGAGUGAAUAAACAGAAUAAAGAGAAAUGGGGGGAAAUGCAUACCUUAAAAACAAUGGGCCUUAUUCACCAAAUGUUCUUAAAAUAAUUUUUUUCUUAAAACCCACUUACACAGUUUUGAAGUUGCUGGUUUUCAUCAGUGUUUUCUUAUUAAGGAUUUGGGAUUACAUUUUAAUUGAGAAUGAAGCCUCUUUCAACGUAGGUGUUAAUGAUUACAUUUAAUUUGCAUAACCUAUAAAAAAGACAACUGAGAAAAAA